AUGUUCAAAGUUGCAAUUAAUCAUAUAGUUAAAACUCAAUCAUUAAAGAUCAGUCAAUCAUCUGUAUCAUCUUUAGCAUCUUUAUCUCAAUCAUCAUCAUCUGUUUUAUUUAAAUACAAUCAACAACAACAAUCUUCAUCAUCAUCAUCAUCAUCAUCUACUUCAUCAAUUAUAUUUGUUAGAUAUUAUAGUAAUAGUAAGAAUAAAAUGACAACAAAUCAAUUAUUUGUUACACCAACAUGGUUAAAUGAUAAUUUGGACAAAGUAAAGGUAUUGGAUGCAAGUUGGUAUAUGCCACAUGAGAAACGUGACAUUAGAAAGGAUUUUGAGGAAGCUCAUAUCCCAUCGUCACAUCUCUUUAAUAUCGACGAGUAUUGUGACAAGACAGUCGCACUGCCACACAACCUUCCAAGCAGUGCCGAGUUUGAACAUGCUGCCGGUCAAUUACUUGGUAUCUCUGACAAGGAUCACGUCGUCAUUUAUGAUACUCGUGGCACCUAUGUUGCAUCGGCACGUGUAUGGUGGACCUUUGCCCACUUUGGUCAUCCCAUGUCCAAGAUUUCAAUUCUCCAAGGUGGUCUACCAGCAUGGCAACGUGAGGGUAAAAAGACAGAGGCUGGUAAGAUCCAAACCACCUCUACUCCAUCCACCUACACUGCCAAGCCCGCCCAAGACACACCACUCCUCAAAAACAAACAACAUCUCAUUGACAAUUUGCAAUCCAAGCAGUACCAAGUAGUCGAUGCACGUGUUGCCGAUCGUUUCUAUGGUCGUGUCGAUGAACCACGUCCAGGUUUGCACCGUGGCCAUAUUCCAGGCUCAUUCAACGUUCCAUGGGUUGAAGUUGUCAACGCCAAAGAAGGUGGAUACAUUCCAAAGGAUGAUUUCCUCAAACUCUUCAAGGAACGUGGUGUCGAUGUCAACGCACCAAUCUUGACCACCUGUGGUUCGGGUACCACCGCUGCCGUUCUCACUCUUGGUCUCUACCAUUAUGGUUAUCCAAUUGCUCCAGUCUAUGAUGGUUCAUGGUCAGAAUGGGGUCAACCUGCUCAAAAUUUACCACAUGAAACUGAAAAGAAAUAA